AUGACAGGCUUAGAAAAGUUGCAAAAAUGUUUACAAGAACUUGACAAGUGCCGCCAAAAUAUAGUGCAAAAGACUAGCUUUGGUGAUGCCGUUAGCGAAGCUCUUAGAUAUAGUCAAGAUAUUGAUCAAAUAGUUCUUAAUAAUAUUGAAGAACAAGAGCUCGGUCUCGCAACCCAGCUGCUAUUUGAUCCUCAAUUUGGAAUCAUCAAAUUUCUUAACGAUACUUCACGAGUAACUGAUUCAACAUUAGCAAAGGCAAAGAUAGCACUUUUAGAAUUUCUUUUUCUUUAUAUCCAAAAGAUUAAGUCUGAUAUUGAACCAUAUACAGAAAGCAUCAAGAAUGUACACUUUGGAAUCCUUAACGUAGAUAGCGAAGCUUUCGUAAAAGCGGCGUCUUUUAAGCCGUUGAUGGCGAUUCUUGAUUCAAGUAAAAGAUUUAUUGAUCCUGAAAAAUUCAAUAUUAAGGAUAUAAUUGCACGUUAUCUUGAGAUUUUCUUCGUAAGAAUAAAAAGCACAUCUGGAAUAAAAGCUAAAGCGGGAGCUUUAGAUAUGUUGGGAAUAAUUGCUCAUCGAUUUCCGGAAUAUGUCGAUGAUGAAAAAGACAAAAUUCUUCGUGUUUUUAUAGCUAAUCUGAAAGAGAAAUCUUUAACGGAUGCAGCAUUUACGGGGUUGCAUUCAUUUUUAUUUGCUUAUCCGGAUUCAUUGAAAAAAGUAAAUCAAGAUGCGUAUGUCUUUAAAUGCGUUAUGAAUAGCAUCACAAUAUUUGAAAAUGAAAGAAUGUAUACCGGACUUCAAUACAUAAUUGAUCAUUCAAAUAUAUUUGGGGAAUUUUUCUUACGUGAAUAUAAAGAAAUGUGGCAAUGUUUUUGGAAAUUACGUGUCCAUCGUAAUAAGGAUGUUAGAUACACGACAUUUAAAGCUAUUUGGACCUUUUUGAAACAGAUUGCAAAUGUAUUAAAUUCUGCCACGGAAUUCCAAAAAUUCGAUUGUGUUGAUGUAGGUUUGAUACAAAAACUAUACAAUGCAGAAUAUUUUAUGAUAGUCUUUGAUAAUGUGGCAAGAGAAAGCAAAAAAAUAUCAGAUCAACCGCUAAGUGAAGAGGAACAAGAGCAAAGAAAAAAGGAUUUGUCUAUCGCAGUUCGUGGUGUUGGUUAUUUCGCUGCUUGCGCCAAAAGAUUAGAUAAAGAAGGGAAGUGGAAACCAAUAUUUCAAAAUCUCCUUAAUCCAAAUGAUUGGUCUAUAUCAAAUUUGAAUGAAACUGAAAUCAAGUAUUCGUUGUCACAAGUUCCAUUGUUUAUUGAGGCAUAUUGUUAUAUUGGGCGAGAUGAUGAUGAAAUCUUCCAUCAAUUAAUGGAGACAAUCGAACGUGAAGUGGGAAUAUUGAUGAUUUAUUUUCCGCGAAUGAAUUAUGAUCUGAGGCGUCGUUGUGUUAAUGCUUUUGAACAUUUAUUAUGGAUGUUUUAUCUCAAGGAUAAAGGAAUUAUGCAAAAAUUUGUCUCUAAAUCAUUUUAUCAAAUAUUGAUUCUUACAUGUUCAGAUGCUAUUCAGCUUCAAAGUAAAUCUGACUACCAAAGCGUAAAUUCAGCUGAUAUGAUCGAUGUUGUUGCAGAACAUACAUAUCAAGAAAUGUUCUUUUUUUGGGAAAAUAUAUUUAAAGAUUCAACUUUCUCAUGGAUCAUUGAUCAAAGUGGAUUUUCAAUUGAUGGAAAUCAAUUAUGCAUCAUUCAGUCUGAAUUCUUUUCUAUACUUUAUGAUGAAAUUAUGUCAUCAGUAUUUCGAAUGAUACGGACUUUAAAUUUAUCCAUUACAGAAGUCGCUGGAGAAUCUAUGCUUGAAACAUCUGUAAUGAAAAAUAAUAAUCAAGGAGUUGAUGUCAAUUUGAUAGCUAUAGCAGGUUCUGGUGACCUAGAAAAUCUACAACCAUUGGUUUCUAAAGAUUUCGCCCUUUUUCAUAAUCUUGUCGAUUUUUGGCAAUUGUUUUUGCCUAGAAUAAAAAGUAAUUUAUUUUCAAGAUGGGUCUAUCUUGCUGGAGACACGUUAAUAACAUUUUCUACGCGAUAUCCAUAUGUUAGUGGAUUCUAUAAAAUGUUAGGCUCGUGUCUGACAGUAUGUGAAUCUAUUAACUUUUUUGAGGGUAUAAAGAGAUUUGAUAAUGAGAAUGUUAUGAUGCAAGACUCUCUAGACCAAUUGUCCCCAACAACGUCACCAGCUCAAAGAUCAAGUUAUUUUCUUUUCAUUAAAUUCUUCAAAGAAGUUUCCGCUAAGCUUUCUCAAUAUAAGGAUGAUUUGCUGGCAUCAUGUUUGCGUCUUGUUCUUUCUAUUCCACGUGAACUUAUUAACAUACGUAACCUUAUGUCGCCAAUUUGUAUUGCAUUAAAAAUGGGACUAAGUUAUCAACCUCUCGCGACUAUUGGUAUAAGUGCAAUUGAAAAAUUAGUGGAUUUACAAGGACCUCGGGAUAUUAGUGAAUGGCUGGGACAAAUAUUGCCUCUUUUUAAUGAGUAUUUAUUAGUUAAGGCUGAUUCAAUUGACAAUAAUACUAUUAAAGGAUUCGCACAAAUUCAUAACACACAACGAAAUAAGAGCGGACAUUUCAAGUCACUAGAUCAAACAAGGAAAGACAGAGUCAAAUAUAAAGGACAAAAAAAAUAUGUUAAAACGAUUGUUGGCAUCGGGCAACUAGAAAAAAAUGUUGAAUUACAUGAUUUGCAAGUGCGCAUCCUUCGCUUGUUAGGAAGGCUUGGUGGAGUUAGCAAGUUUGUGUUUGAAGGAAUUGUAAACAAUGAUUUGGCUUAUCGACCAAGUCCUUCAAUUAAUCCAGCUGGAACCAAAGUGUCAAACAAUAAGUUGCUUGCUUGGGAUCCUGAUAAACGCUUGUCAUUUAAGAUUCCAUUUCCCGACAUUAAUGUUGAAAUUCUGUUUGACGAGUUUUUACCGCGUAUAGUGGAACUUGCCGAGUCUGCACCGGAUCGUAAUACAAAGAUCGUUGCCUGUGAAUUACUGCAUUCAAUUAUUAUAGUUAUGGUUGGAAAAAGUGCAUUUAAAGCAGGACCACAGAGUCCAUUUCUUCGCACAUAUCGUUAUAUAUUUCCUGCUCUUUUGAGAUUGGCAAUUGAUACCGACCCCGUCCCACGAAGAAUCUUUCGUCGACUUGUUGCUCAAUUAAUUCAUUGGUAUACAAAUAAUGCACAAUAUGAGAACCCCGAAACAAUUAAAUUAUUACAAUGUUGCCUUGACGCGAUAUGUGAUACAUGGGGCUCACUAAGAGAUUAUGGUGCAGAAUGCUUAAAUGAAUUCUUAAUAUGGUCAAUUAAACAAUCCUCAGCUACGCAAGUAGAAGUGCAUCCGAUGAAUAUGAAAUCUUUAUUGAAACGGUUAUAUAAUUUAUGUGCACAUCCUGAUUAUACAAAACGUCUUGGAGCUUCUCUUGCUAUUAAUCAUAUUUAUCAAGUAUUCCGUGAAGAAGAAUACUUAGUUGAUCAGUUCACCUUUGAACUCUUAUAUUGGAUAUUAGUCAACCUAAGACUUUCCGACAAUGAUCAGUCCGCAAUUGGAACACGUCAACAAGCGAUUUCAGCAAUCCGUCAUCUGAAAAGAAUAAUUAUUGUAAAAUCCAAUUUGUUUUUAAACGAGUCUCCUAUGAGAAGAAAAUUUACCAAUCUUGACAAAUCUGAUUUACCAUCUUUGGUUGAGUGGCUAUUUAUUGAGACAAGUAGGAAAGAACAAGAUUACUCAAGCAUAUGUCGAGAAUUAUUUUACGAAUUCGUGAAGUUGCAUCCGGAUUUUAAAUCCGGCUUCAGAUGGGUUAAAUUUAGACUUGAUAGAAACCCAUCAUUUUUGAAAAAUCUUUUUAAGACUUCAGAACUUUCUCUGUCAAAUAUAUUGCAUAAAGGUUUAACUUCUCCACAAAUAAAAGAUUGGUGCGCACGACUUUUAUCCGUUUUAGCUAAUUACACAUGGCUUAUAAACGUUAGGUUCGUGUCACCUUUAGAUUUAGUUUCGAGUUUUGAUCAAACAUUCAGAGAGGCAAUCAAUUAUUUCUUGGAAAAUUUUGUAAAAGAUAGGGAGGACUUUGUUAAUGAUGCCAUGGAGAUUGAUGACGAGGAUAACUCUGUCAAGAACAUAGAAUCUGAUAGUGUUUUAACGCCUGCAGAGAAAUUGGAAUGGUUAACGCAAAAAAUUCAAGUUAUCAAAUGCUUAAUAGAAUUUACUAUCGUAUUACUCAAAGAAACUGAUCCAAGCAACUUGAGACCUAUAUGGAAUUCAAAUAUCUUUGAAAAGAAAUUUUAUAAACUAUUAGGAAAUUGCAUACUACGUCCUAAUUCCAUUGGAUUAAAUCAAUUAUCAGAUGAUAUGAUCAAACAAAAACUUCUAAUUAAACAAUCGGGAACCUUAUUUGAGUUGUUUAAAAAAUUGUCUGUCGGUAAUGAUCCUCAAUUGAAACAGUUAGCACAAGAACUCGCUGAAAUUGCAUUUUCUGACAAAGUCAAUUUAUUAUGUAUUGAAUUAGAUAAGUCAGAUCCUACAUAUUAUGUCCAAAUUACUGAUGGGUAUUUGGUUCUCAGCUUGUCUGGACUUUUUCCGGAUCUAUUAGAGCACGAAAUGACUUCGCAUAUGAACACUAGUUCAAAAUUAUAUGACUACAUUUUAGCUAGCUGGAAAAAAUUCAAUGACCUCCGUGAUGUCGUAGAUCCGCUGUGGGUUGUCCUUGUUAAGCAACUAUUAUCAUUUGCUCUUUCUCUUAGCAAAUAUAAUGGUGCAAUCAACCAAUGGCUUCUUAGUGAUAUAAUUGGAUUCCCUAGCAAUAACUCAGAUUUCUAUCAUCAAAAUGGGACGAUUUACUACCAAAAGUUCUCCUCGAUUAUCAAUGAACAUAUUUCAUGCAAUUUUAGAGAAUUUGCUAAUAUCUUUUAUAAAAAUAUUAAAUCUCAGCAGAAUUUGACGUUUUUAAAUGAUCUAAUUUCAGAGAUCUAUUUUCUUGAGAGAUUCGUUAAAUUAUGUAAUUCUGACCAUAAAUAUUUAUUAAAAUUGUGGAAUGGAUUAUUUAUGUUGGAACCGAAUUUGUUGAAACGAUUUUCACUGGGAGAAUUUGGAGAAUUUCAAAAUUUAUUUCGGAAAAAUUAUGAAUCAUUCCUUGAUAGACAAGUUGACCUUGAGUUCAAGAAUGAAGUUUUGGAUCUUUUAACUUUUUACUUAAAAUCGGAUUUGCCAAAAGAAAAGAUUGAAAGCUCUAUUGAAUUCAUCCUUUAUCAACAAAUACCUACUGAUUCUAAGGACUAUUCGAAGUUUGGAACUAAAAAACUAAAUGAAUAUUUGUCGGUUCUUGAUAAAAUGCUUAAGACGAUAGUGAGAUCCGGAAGCGUGAGCUUAUUUAAAAUAUUGAUUCCCACGUUUUGUCGUGAGAGUGAUCAUGUAUAUGGAGAAGAAUUUCAGCAACAAAUUAGUAAAUUUUUGUCAAAACUUUCUCGUUCCAAAUAUGUUGAUACAAUGGAUAUAGCUUACGGAUAUUUCACGAACCCAACAUACAUUAGCUUCCAACGAAAUAUUAUUGAGAUGAUUUUAUCCCCUCCUUUGCUGAAAGGUCCAAAGAUUUUUGUAUUGGAUUUUUAUAAGAAACAUAUUAAUGAAAUCAUCAAUCUUCUUGAGCAUGAUAAAUAUCCAAGAAAUGUUGAGGAAAAAGUUUAUGAUGAUAUAUAUUCUGAAAAUGGCGAAAUCGUUCAAGCUUAUUGUCAAGGAAGACCAUUAAAAGCGAAGGAAUUGACGAGAAAAGUGAUGGAAAAGGCACAUAGGAUUAAGUCACAAGCAGAUAAAGACAAUUCCGGUAAUAAAUUAGUAUCCGAAGCUAAUUUGCAUUACCGUUGUGAGGCAUAUAAUGCUUUGGCAGCUGCAAUUUUAUGUACACAAAAUAACCCAGUGUAUUAUAAAGCUUUCUUGUUUUCUGAAAAUCUUUCAAAGGGCGAAUUAUUAUGGGAAAAUAUUAUUGAUAUUGAGACAAGUUAUCAAAUAAAUGUUGAUAUAAAUCAACCAUUGUCUAGGAUAAAGGUUGAUGAUUUUAGAUCUAAGUCCGGAGGAUCUUUGAAGUCGAACGGUUUGAAGAAUCUUGCAUCACAAUAUUUGAUGGAUUCCAGCAUAACACAAAGUGGUGCUUUCCUUAAUGGAUUACCUAAUGAUACCGAAGAUAGCGAAUCCGAAAACGAAUACUCAGGCCUAGUGCAAAUGGAUAUUGAUAAACCAGAUGAAAAUAAUUCGAAUUCUGAGGCACGCAGAUUAGAUGUUGAUGAUUUCAAUCGCCACCCUUGUAUGAAAAUGAUUAUUAGAGUUAUAGACCGGCUUCAUAAUCAAUUAACAAAGUCAACAGGUCCCGAUGACCAAAUGCCUGGGUGGAUGAACGAUAUUUACAAAAAAUUUACAAAUAUAGGAAAUGAAAUUAAGGAAACAGAUACGCAUAUAAAUAUCCGCUUAUUUAUUGCUAAAAUUAUAGUCAAUGUUCCGGAGGCAUUUGAAAAGUAUUCCUCUUUAUGGAUUCGUCCCAUUAUGAAAUUAAUAAUCGAAGGCAAUGUAUAUGGCGAAGGAAUUAAUUAUUACAUUCAGGUGUUUUUGAUGAAAAAUUCGUACGAUAAAUCACGCGUUAUCGUUAGAAAUAACAUUUUAACCAUUAAAAGAUUAUUUGAAACUUGGAGUGAAUUAAUUAUUGUACCUACGCGCAUUAUUCAUGAACUCAUCAGUGAUCCUACAAGAAAUAGCGAAAAAGUUUACACAGGGUUACAAUUAUUAGGGAUAGUUUUAGCACAUAACAAACCCUUGUUUCAAGAUGAAGUUGGACUUGACUUGGAUGGAUUAACUUCUGAUAAAUUUUAUGUGGAUUUAAUCAAUUUACUAGAUGGCUUUAAGCAAAGUAUUCGUGCGUUAGCUGCUGAGGUUUGUGGUUUGGCUAUUAAAAAUUUGAGAAAAUUUCAUUGUUCAGAUGCUCUAUCAGUUUUAUUGAAUCCAAUGUUUCAAAAAAUAUCUGGAAUGUAUCGACAAAUUUCAUUCAAUGCGUCUGUAUCUGAUAUGGAAAACUUCCUUAUUGUUAUUCAUCAUAUGUCGAUACACGACGUUGAUGUCGCUGUUAAAUUUUUGAAAUACGUCUUUGGAAUCCUGCCAAAAUUAGAAAAUAAAAAGAUAUUGGCAUUAGAAAUAAUUUCAUUUUGUGCCGGUCAUGAUCGGGAUUUGUUUACGAAUUUACAAAGCGAUCGACUUCUAGGAUUUUUAAAGCACAGAGACGAAAAUGAGCAAUUACUUGCCUUGAGAAUAUUAUCGGGUAUACUUCAUGAUAUUGAUAAUUCAACAAUUGAUUAUUACUUGGAUAAUUUAAUUGAAAGUUUCCAAGACCAUCCUAAUAAUGAUUGUCGAAAAAUUUACUAUACAAUAUUGGUCAAAAUGUAUAAUAAAAUUAAUGGAAUUAAUGACAAAGAAAAAGAAACAAAACAAAAGUUGAAAAUAAACCUUUUGCGAGGAUUAGUUGAUACAGAUGAAUCGAUUCAGCAGGCAUUAAUUGAAUUUUGGCACGUACAAGAAGAACUUUCACGUGAUACAUUCACGAAAUUAAAAGAGCUUAUUGGGUUUGUGUUAAUAAAUUUUGCUAUUAAAAACAAGGUAGAUACUUACUUAAUCUUGAAUAUGACUAGAAAUCUUUAUUCUACCGAAGCCGAGAAUUUAUUCCUCAACUACGCUUGUUACUUAUUACUUGAAGGAUCCAAGAAAAGCAUUGAUUAUAAUAAACCUAUAUUUAACCAACCAUUGCCACAAUCCAAAUUUGAUGAGAAUUAUGAUGAUAUUGAUACUUCAUGGCGAGUGAAUAACACAAUGACUCCUUUGUUUGUAAAUUCGCAAAAAAAUAAACCAAAGAAUUCGUCUCAAGAUGAAAAUGCAGGACUUGGCUCUCAAGUUGCUGACUACUCUUUGACACAGUCAAAUUUAUUAUUUUCACAGCAAAAUUUUCCAAAUAUGGAUAAAGACGAUAUACAAAAAUCAAUACGAAGUUCGGAAUAUCAAAGAUUUAGUCAACGAUCUUUCGAAACAUAUUCCCAACGCGAUUUUAAACAAAAAAUACGAACAGAAAAAAAGCAAGCUGAAAUAUAUAAAACUAGUCAGCAUGGCAUAUUCACAAAGAAUAUUUCACUGUUACGUAAAUAUCGAGUUGGUGAACUUCCUGAUAUCGAAAUUAGUCACGGAGAUCUAAUUAAUCCGUUACAAGCAUUAGCACAGCGAGAUUUGGGUUUAUCUCGGAUGUUGUUCACGUCUCUAUUUGUUUCAAUAUAUAAUCAAAUUGAUAAUAAUAAUAUGCAGUUAGAUGAAAUGAUUAAUGAAUACAAAAAAGACAUAGCUCAACAUAUUCAAGAUAUAUUUAGCAAAUCCACUAUGAACUUCCCACCCUUUAUUGGAAGUUGUUUAAGAAUCUGUUAUGAAGUCGGCGAUAUCGAAAUAGAACCGAAUACGAUUCGUAAAGCAUGUAAUUUAAGUUCAACGGAAUCGCUGGGAAUUAUUUUAAUAGAGCGGCAGCUAUUAUACACUUCCACAGAAAGAGAAUCCAAAAGGUCACGUACUACAAAUUCUAGCCUUGUUGCUUCAAGCAAAAGGCCUUGGAUUGAAUUGAGUCAUUUAUAUAAAUCCAUUGAUGGUCAUGAUGUUUACAAGAGCAUUUAUGAAAGCAAAAUAGCUAUAAGUGAACUUACAAAGGAUGCUCUUAACGCAGAGCUUUUGGGAGAUUAUGCCUUAGCGUGUAGUCAUUAUCUUGAAGCGUUGAAUAGUGAAGCUGAAGUUGAUGAUAUAGAGGUCGCUUUAUGGGAAGAAAGACGUUUUGAUUGUCUUGAAAAGCUGUGUCAAUGGGAUGAUUUGGCAAAGACCGUUCUUGUUGAUAUUGAAGACAAUUUAAGCAACUUAUGGGAUGAUGAAUUACAGGAGAUAUAUCUACAAUAUUUUAUCCAUAGCUUCUUUAAAUUAGCUCAUAGUGAUGAACAUAAUGAAUAUCGGCAGCUUUUUUUCGAUUUUAUUAAUAGUACUAUGAAUAAUCAAUAUCAAAAAUCCUUACUAACAGCGCAAUAUCCUAUUGAACUUGCACUGAGCUCACUAACAAAAAAGGAUUUGGAACAAGCACGAUUGUAUGUUCGAAAAUCAUUUGAUGAUUUCUUAUUUACAUGGUCUACUUUACAUCCAUUGGCAAUCGGUACUCGAUUGGGUAAAUUGAGCUCUUUACAACAGACUGUAGAAAUCGAAGAAUAUUUGAAUCUUCAUCAGUCUUCUGAAAGGAAUCAAACUUGGAACACAAUUAUCUCGCGUUGGAUGAGGAGAUUUCCUUCAAAAACACUUGAUUCCUCCAAUAUAUGGGAUGAUAUCGUGACAACCCGUCAAUCUAUUCUCAAUGAAAUGGCUGAUUGGUUAAGAGUAAAUAACUUUCAUAGAAUGAAAGUUUCAUUAGAGAGCCAAAAUUUGUUAAAAAUGUCAUCAGCCGCGCGAAAACAAAGAAACUUUGAGGUUUCUCGAGUCUGUUUAAAUAAAGUAAGAAAUUCGAGACUUAUUGACGAGGAGAAGUUGACUUAUUGUCAGUUUAAAUUGAACCUUCGCGAAGCUCAAAAUGCAAUCGAUACUGAAAAGAAAGCAGAAAUAUUAUUGGCGUUAUCUGAGGAAUUUAAAAAAAUCAAGAUUUCAGAUUCUAAGGAUGAAAUAAAAAUGAGAAUCAUAGAAGGCGAAACAUACGGACUUAUAAUUGCAGAGUUAGAUAAGAGAUUUCUUAAUAGAAACUUGUCCAAAGUUAAAAGUAAAAGAAAUUAUUUUAUUGAGCGAGGAUAUAAUCUUUUUAAUGACGCAACCAAGGAUUAUGUAUUACAGUCAAAGCCAUCAAUACAUUCUAAAGUCCUUGUCAAGUUUGCUAAAUUUUGCGAUUACUUUUUGCGUAAACUUGAAUCUACCGAGGAGAAAAUGCAAACUAUAUUUGAUCGUACUCAAUAUGCUUCUAAUGUAGUCGAAUCUAUUAAUUCCGUAUGGAAAUUUAUUCGAUGGAUUCCUCAAAUUGUUGCGAUCUUAGAUCAACCUAUCGCUCGUUGUGUUUUUCCAAUAUUAUUCAAGCUUGCGGAAGAACUCCCCGGAAGUUUGUAUUAUCCGGUCACAAUCAGCAGUGAAUAUUAUAAAUUUGAUGAAAGUACACAAUUAGCUCGAGAAAAUAAGAUUAAAGUUCAAGAAUUGAAGCAAAAGAUAAAAUGCAAUGUUACUGAUUUAUUUGUAAAUGAGCUUCAUAGACUCACUGAUUCUGAAUUACAUUUCCAUAAUUGGGCACGUUCAGUUUUUAAUUUGAUUAAGGCGAAUGCAGGUGGUAAUAAAACCGCAGAAAUAAAGGCUUCUUUCCAAGAAAUGAGCGCAUUUUUAUUAAAUCCUAAUCCUCAUCAUGGAAGAUUUGAUAUCCUUUAA